GAAAUCGAAACUUACUCGAGCUGCUGAACGUGAAGAAAAUGAAAGCGUGACUGUCUGCGUUAUUAAUGUCAGUACUGAGCGAGCUGACAUCUGUUUCUGCCGUCAACGUUAGACUGUCAUUUAUUAUAAAAGUAAUCAUUCAUUGUGGUUUUUCGAUCGCCUGUCAUAAACAUGUUUAUUUAGAAACUGGAGUUUUUUUACUUUCAGCAGAAGGUUUUUGACAGUUUUUCAGAAGACUAUAAUGGAGAUUCUUGCAGAGACUUACGUUUCCAAACUGAAUGAAUACCAACAGAAGACUGGAUUCAAGGUACAAUACGAAGAAGGAUCGACGGAGGGUCCGAGUCACGACAAAACGUUUACUUGCACAGCAGUUGUGAAUGGCACGCGCCAUCCUGAAGCCACAGGAAAAACUAAGAAAGAAGCGAAACAGAACGCGGCCAGAAACGCCUUUACUGCCAUCAGAUCAACACACAACACACCUUUUUGCCCUAACCCAACUCCAAACAACUUUCACAAGAAGAUCAUAGCAAGACAGAAUCCUAUCAGCUGGCUGAAUGAAUACUCGCAGAGAAACAGGGUUGAAUUCAAGCUCCGUGAGUUCACUAAAACGGAUCCAGCAAGUUCCACUCCAUUCUUCACUUAUGUGUGUAAGUAUGUUCGUGGUGAUAAAGAAUAUCCCGAGGCUUACGGCAAAUCAAAGAAAGAGGCCAAAGAGGCCGCAGCUAAAUAUGUUUAUGAAGAAUUAAGCACAAACUCUGAGGGUCAUGAUAAGAACUGCAGUAAUGCACCUGGAUCAGAGAUGUCAGCUCUUAGUGCAAACAUGGAUCAUUGCAGUUUGGCUGAAGAUUCUCAAAGCUCCACACCUGACAACAACUACAUCACAUAUCUCAAUGAGUACUGCCAGAAACAUAAUUGUGUCAUAGAUUAUAAAUUAAUAGACAAAAGAGGACCCGCUCACACCCCAGAGUUUGUGUAUAAGGUUGUUAUAGACGGGACGGAGUUUUCUGAGGGACACGGAAAGAGUACAAAAGAGGCCAAGCAACACGCGGCUCAGAAGGGAUGGACGGAACUUCAGCAGCGUUCAGACGGGAACACACAGAGCUCUGAAGAGGACACGUCUUCACAAACCUCACAAAUACAUAAAUCUGCGGAAUCAAAGAUGUGUACUUCAGUCUCCAGCUCAAGUGGUUCUGUUGUGUUCAGAGAUCCUGUCAGUUCUCCUAUGGCCGUCAGUCCAGCCAUGAGCCCAGUGGAUGUCAAGCCGAAAAUAAGAUUAGCACCCAAUUUUAAUCUUUCGCCAAGCGCCUCGUCCAAGAUUAAAGGGGAUGCUUCUAACAUGAACAUCACCAACCAAACAAAACCAUCAUCAAAUCCCACUGUAACUCAAGUGGUAAAAUCGCGGUUUUUCGAAGAUUUCGAUUCAAUAAGUCGAGUUGGCAAAGGUUUUUUUGGACGUGUUUUCAAGGCAAGACGGAAGCUGGAGAAUCAAUACUUUGCUGUGAAGAUUGUGAAGGUUACAAAAAAAUCUUGGCGCGAAGUUGCUGCUUUAUCAAAACUGAAUCAUCCCAAUAUCGUCCGUUACAACACAUGUUGGGUGGAGGAGACGUCGUACAGACCCGAAUGUUCGGAGAGCAACAGCACUUCAGACUCUGGCAGCAGUCUGGACACAGAGUUCCUGUACAUUCAGAUGGAGCUGUGCGAGGGAGACACUCUUCAUGUGUGGAUCAAUCAGAGAAACUCUUUAAAUGAAGACACAGACACCGAGAGAAGAAAAGACGCCACACACAUCUUUCAUCAGAUCUUACAGGCCGUGCAGUACAUUCAUUCUAAAGAGCUGAUCCACAGAGACCUGAAGCCUGCAAAUAUAAUGUUUGGCAGUGAGGGGGGGGUGAAGGUGGGAGAUUUUGGUUUGGUGACUGCAGUUGACAAUGACGACGAGCAACAAAAGAGAAGCAGAAAAACAGGAACCCGUUCUUACAUGAGUCCAGAACAGCUCACUCAGUUCUAUGAUAAAAAAGUGGAUAUUUUUGCUCUGGGUCUCAUCUACUUUGAACUCCUCUGGAAACUUGAAACUGUGAAUGAAAAGAGCAAGAUUUGGGGCGACAUAAAAGGAAGGAAAUUUCCACCUCAGUUCUCUAAGAAAUUUGACUUUGAGCACAAGCUCAUACACGAAAUGCUGAAUGACAACUCUAAAGACAGACCAGAGGCGGGAGAGCUGACCUCAGAGCUGCGUAACUGUUCCACAGUCUUCAAGAACAACUGAUCAUCCCUCAAACCUGUUGGACUGAGGAUAGACGUUUGGACUUCAUGAUGCACAGAAUGAGCACUGAGUGAUGCGCUGACACCAGGGGAUUGUGGGAUUGAUAGCGGGCGAUGUGCUGCUGAGGAUGAUGGCUGAAUCCGAAAUGGCAUACUCAAUGAGUAGGUACUUAAUUUCAGUAAUGGGUUCCUGAAUGGGUGUAGUAUGAAUGCGAUCCGGCCGUCAUACGUCAUGUUGACGUGAUCACGUGACGUUAUUCUUCUUCUGUUCCUUUUCAAUGGCGGGUGGCAACUUACGUUUGAGGUGCAUAUCUGCCACCUACUGUACUGGAGUGUGUCCCAUGGAUUUGCCAUGUGAUGUUAUGACAAGCACAUCAACUGAAGUUAUGAGAGACAGGUCGCAUGAACGAUGGGUUUUGUACAGGUAAACAACACAUGAAGCAAAGCUUUCAAUUUUCUUCAAGUACAGCACAUUCAGAGCUUUUUAUUUUCAUGUAUUUUCAUUUUGACCUUGUAGGGAUAUGCUUUUGAUAAAAGUAAACAAUUCAAAGGAAUACAGCGGCUUUGUGAUUUUGCGAUGCGUUUUCUCAGUUUAAUUUCGGCAAUAACAGGCCCAUCCACACUUCCCAUUGUGAAGAAUGAGUAUGUUCUUUUUCUUUAUUUUGUCUGUAUUCUGCCUGUUGGUUGAUGUCUCUCACGUAUAUACACCCAUGUUGCUCUAAUAUGCAUUCUAUUGUAGUAUUAAAAACAACCUGAGUAAAUCUCUUCUGUGGUGUUUUUAUGUGCUAAAUAUGUUUCAACACGAACGUGAAUAAACUGCUGAAAAUAAGCUCAAUAUUAAUGCUUCGUAUUUAAAUUCUAUGAGUUAAAACUAUGAACAAUAUAAAACACGGUCAAUUUAAGAGCAAAGCAAGGUCAAUGUUAAUGUUACAUUAGCUUCACAAUAAUUAACAUGUUUAAUUGAACAUGAUGCCUGGUAUUCUGUCCCGUGGGCUCAUGGGAUAUAGAGCUCAGUGGUUUCGUGAGAAUCACCCGCACGCGCUAGAAGACUUAGUUACUGUGUUGUAUUGUUAGGUUUUGUGAGAUGAACACAACACUGUUUGCAUAUUUUGAGCAUUCAGAAGUGAAAUUCACGGUUUAAAAAUCAAAUGAAAGCCUCUUGUGAGGUUUAUUCAUGAUGUAAGGUGUGUGAGAGAAGACUUUGAACUAAACUCUACAUGAUGACUAAAAUAAAGUUCAUUUAAAAACAUUUCUUGUCAUUGCACAGCUGGACGACGACACAUUCAUACACAUACUCGCUGGUCAUCCUCACACAACACAAUAACAGUAUGGAGUCACCUGAAUGUGAUUUUCUUUACAUUUAGCAGAUGCUUUUAUCCAAAGAGACGAAGAUUCUAGGAAACAAUAAGGC